GCCUCCCUUCCCUGGUCUGUCAUCCACACCGCUGUUGUUGCAGCCAUUUUACCGUGGAGCGCCGAGGAUGCCGUAGCGAGCGCCGUUGGAAGGACUAGAAACAUGGCUGAGGCGGCACGAGGUCCCGUGGUUGCCCGGCCAUUGGCAUUUGCCAAUGAGGAGCGGGCAGUUCACUCCUGGUCCCGGAUCUCGUCAGCGGGGCACAACGUCCUCCUGGAUGCUCUGAAGAUCCUCAGCCCGAUGUCCCGCGACCUCUCGAGCAGUGAGGAGCUGGUCACCUUCUUGAAGGAGCUGGGCGAGGAGGGCCACAAGCCCGUUGUGCUGCGUAGCAAAGAUGUGUAUGGCUACCGCUCCAGCACAAACCAACCGCUGACCGAAGACAUGCUGAAGCCACAGAACAGGAACGUCAGACCCACCGCCAAGAGGAGGGGAAGGAAGCCAAUGGUCAGGAAGAGAGAGGUGCACCCGUCGUGGAACGCCUCUGACAAAAACAACCCCAAGAUUCAAGGGGUCCGCCCUCCAGAGCUGCUGGUGGACCACCGUGCCAUCAUCUGCAGCAGGACAACCGGUCGGACUGUAGAGAUGUCGCAGGCGCUGGAAGUGCGGCCGUGUCUCAGACUGACCAACAUUGAGGGUCUAUCUGGCUUCCAUACGGCCAGACUCCAGAUCCACACUUCCUGGGACUCGUCCUCUGGGGCACCCUCUGUUGCCUUUUCACAGCAACAGCACCCUCCAACGCUUUCAGGAAUACCUUCGCAGCCUUCUCAGAACUGUGGUGGGGCGCCCACCAAAGCUGUGGCCUUGUUCAGCCAGAAGAGCCUGUCCUGCCCCAUCCGAUUGGACGGCGCCCUCAUCGGAGAUUCUGCACCGGUCUUCUACGCAAAUGGACGGGCGUUCCCAGAGACUCACACAGAGCUCACCAGCAACGGCUGGAGGAGCAACGGCGUGCACCGAGAUGGUCGGGGCCCGAAGGAACUUCACAUCCCCACCCGGCAAAGAAACGGGUGGAAGGACAAAAAAAGUCUUCGAUGGAAAGUGGUGAAAGUGGAUGACUCUCGCUCUGUGGCGGAGGCCCGCAGAAAGGCACAGAAGAUCCUACAGGUCAACCUGUCUCCAAUGAUUCAGAUCCAACCUCUCAACCAUGUGCUGAGAGACUUCAGAUACCAGAACAAGUGACAAUACCCCCCCUCCCCACGACCCACAACCAUUGUUUCCUUUAGCAGAUGUUAGUGUUUUACAUCCAUUAGGCUGCACCUGGCUGAGCCCCAGUGUUCAUAGCAGACGUCUUACAUGGGUUUUUGUGAUCUCUGCUGAGUGUUGGCGGUAGAGAAGUCAGAGUCUGUCUGUGGAAGUCCUGAUUCCUGACAGGGGCACUUGGGAUUGAAAGGCAUUUGAAGUCAGGUGAUGCUCUUCUCAGCAGGCUGGGAAAGGACUAUCGGCCGAAUGCUGGUACAUUAUCACGGUCCACUUUAGUUUACACUAUACAAUACUUCAACCAACCAUCAUUCUGCUCUGAGUUGACCGCCUGCUAGCCGAUGUUGCUGAUGUAGUUUAGGGCGCAGCAUCCACUGUGACUGUUAGGUUAAAGGUGAAUUUUCUGCCCUUCAACAAGGCACUUGGUGCUCACAGUUGUUUUUAAAUAGUUUCUAUUACUCAUUUGAAGUAUUCCGCUGUUUUGUUGAAAAGUAUUUUUUACUUGUAGCGCUUACAAACAGUGCUGUCAAUCUGAAGCGCCCCAUUUUCCCACUUGAAAGAAGGAAAAAGAUGAAGCUUGUGGUGGGACAAGGCGAUCCCAUUGGACAGAUGAACGGCUUGAUGAGCAGGGCAGGUUUCCAAAGCCUUCAGAGGAGCAGACAUGGUGGUUGGUUGGUUGGUCCCAGCAAAACAAAUGAACUAAACAAAAGGAGGGGGGGAAGAGAAAAGCGUUUAGUUUGUCUUCCUUUUUUGUAUUUUUGUUGUUUUUCCACUGGAAAUUGGGAAGGCUCUGGGAGCGAGUACAGCAGGGAAUCAAAACCCGUGGCCCAUACAGAUUGAUACUUGGAUGUUUUGUUUGUCCUUCACAAAGUGUUCCUUUUGGUUUAGUUUAUCCACACACACACACAAUGGAGUAUUUUCAACUGUUGGGUGAUUUGAUGUCUUACAGUAACAAAACAUGAUUCAAUGAACUGCAGAAAAUGGCGGGUAUGGAAGGAGACUUGGUCUUUUAAUCUUAAUUCUAGGAAAUCCUUGAGAAUUAUAAAAUACAAAAAUUCUGACCUCACUCUUCAGACUUUAGUGUCAUUAUUAAACAAUCUCUAAAUCAUAUAUUUACAAUUUUCCAAAUGUUCAAUUAUUCUCAUGAUGUGGCCCCGGUCUACCUCCAUGAGUUUAAGGAGUUUUACACCAGUUACAAAAACAACCUUCAGCUGUCGGUCCAAUGCUGCUCAAGAUUUACUUUUGUCCAAUACAUUUCUGUACUUCACAAGCAACCAACUGCCAUUUGUAGACUUGAAGUAAAACAUUUGUUUGGCUGAAAUAAAAAGUGUAACUUGAGCUGCAGGACAAUAAGUGACUUGGCGCAAAAAAGGUUCAAUCUCUCAUCAGAACUCGUCCAGGCUCUGUUGAGUCUAUGUCAGGAAUUGCACUUUGAGAGUGAGACAGUGCGUCAUUGUCGCCCCGUUUCUUUGAACAUGAAAGUCAUUAAUAUUCUUAUUUCCUGCGUACUGUAGAAAAAGUGUGAAAUAAUAUCAACUACGGUUCGACUUACUUUGGGCCCACACUGGUUUCUGCAACAGGUGCUAACUUUGCAACGUUGGUGCUGAAUUAAAUGACCGGCACAAGAAUGUCGUCAUGUUUCUGUUUUUGUAGUUCAGAUUGGAGCAUUUAGGAGCAGUGACUUCUGGUGAGUUCUUUUUCUGACAGGCUGAUAGCACUGUUGCCCUUUGCAGGUUGGGAUGAGCAUGCUAAACUGCCGUGUGUGAUUUCCAAAGGGUUUUUACUGUGAGGAGCAACCUGAAUCCGUUUUCAUGUUACCAUCUGUUUAAAUCUCCUGUGAAUUACCCUAAAAGUUGUGUUUGCGAUGUUUGACCACAUUGAACGAGACAAGCAUUUGUUUUAAUCACAAAAACAGUACUUUAAACACAAAAUCAUAGUCUCUUAGUCCACGUACUAGCUUUUUCUUGAGCUUCUACUGAUCUCAAGACCAUUCAAUGUGAAUGUAAGCUUACGAAAAAGCCAGUCACUGGACCUUUACAAGUUUCUUUUCUCUUUUUUUUUUUAGUUUAUUAGAAUUUUUUCCCCAAGAAAACCAGCCACUUGUUACUAGAACUAAGCAGAUUUAAAGUGGAAAUCUUUGCUUUUUGGCUCAAAGUCCAUGCAUUAUUCUGGAAUUGGCAACCUGUUCCUCCGUUUAAACUGAGGCCACAUCAGUGUUUGGCUUUACAGAUUUCUCUGUAAAUUCUUUCGUAAUUCUCUGAUUGUAUGAAUUUAACGUUCUGGAAGAGUCUCUGUUUCCUUGCGCCCUCCCCUGCAAUCUGUCUGUACACGGUCAUGUUCAUGCCCACCGACAUCUCCCUUUUCUAGAUCUUCUAUCUGUUAGUCUUGUUUGUGCCACACUUGUAUAAUAUUGUAUUUCCUACAUGAUCUUUGAAAACUCUUUUUGUUCAAUAAAACUGCU